GACAGCCCUGGAGACCAGCUCGUGGCAAGCGUGAAAAUUGUGCAACAAAAUACACGAAACUCGACUCUUCCUCGACUGAGACUCGUUUACACUACUGCUCACCGUGUCCUGAAGUACGCGCUGCGGUUAUUUCGCACUUCACCAUCGCUUUGAGAAAGGAGGUCACCUGCAUUGGAUAGCGCUGCUUUUGAAUAUUGUUAGAGCAAUUGCGUUAAAUGCAAUAUGAGCGCCGUUACAGGCCCCGUGGAAGGGGAGGCCGGUCAGCUGAUCGUUGCCGACAAUUCUCCAGAACAACAGCAACAGGCCGCACAGGCCCAUGCAGAGGGAAUCUCUGACAUCCAGAACUACCUGGCGUCUUUUAACAAGGAAAUUGCGGACCAGCCAACAGUGGUUCGUGGUGGGGCUACUCUAACCACAGUAACUGCUUCCGGAGCUUCGCAAACGACAACGACAGAUGCAACAACACCAGCGUACUUCGUUACACAAACUGCUGAUGGGCAACUACAGUAUACACCGGCUCCUACAGGAGGCGCCUACUUUACAACAGCCGAAGGUGCAACUUAUUAUUCGGCUGAUGCGUCAGCAGCCGAAGCUGGUCCAAUUGUCCUGGUCGACGGAUCACAGAUCCAACAAGUAGCUGGAGUAGGUUUAAACGUGGGUCAGGUCGGCGUAGGUACUGUUAGUGUGGCAGGUGCUAGCGGCGCAGAUGGAACCGGCCAGAUUGCGCUGGCACUGCAGGGCCAAACGGCCGAAGCCAUUCUGAAGGCUGCCACCCAAGGCGGCCAAAUCCUUACAGCUCAGCCUGCUGCCGGUCAGCAGGCCGGAGUUCAACAGUACCAAACUGUGACAAUCGUUCCUCAGGACGCAGGAGCCGCCGGAGGCGAAGUGUCGUACGUGCUUAUCGUAUCGCAGGAUGCAACGAACGCUGGAACAGCGACGGCAACAUUACAACCUGUUGGACAGGUGGCCGUAAAGAAGGACCCCCAGCAGGAUAUAUCUGUGUACGAAUUCGAUGAUACGGUCAGCCAUAAGCAGACGGGCCAACAGGUUGUGACGCGCGCCCAGCUGGACAGCGACGGAAAGGUUCGAACAGUCAAGGUUGUACAGAAGAAGGUAGUGCAAACUUUGACCCAAGCUCAUAUGUGCACGUACUGCAAUUAUACCUCGCCCAAGCGAUAUCUACUAAGUCGUCACAUGAAAAGCCAUUCCGAAGAUCGACCCCACAAAUGUUCAGUAUGCGAGCGCGGUUUCAAGACGUUAGCGUCAUUACAAAAUCACGUGAAUACUCACACGGGAACCCGACCCCAUCAAUGUAAGGAGUGCGAUGCCUCCUUCACGACUAGUGGAGAACUCGUUCGACACGUUCGAUAUAAGCAUACUCAUGAAAAACCCCAUCGAUGUACUGAGUGCGACUACGCGUCCGUGGAACUCAGCAAGCUUAAGAGACAUAUGCGGUGUCAUACGGGUGAAAGGCCAUACCAAUGUCCGCAUUGUACAUACGCCUCGCCGGAUACCUACAAACUUCAGAGGCAUCUCAGAAUACACACAGGCGAGAAGCCGUACGAGUGUGAUAUCUGCCAUGCGCGCUUUACACAGUCGAACUCUUUACGCGCUCAUAAAUUGAUCCACACCGGCCAAAAGCCGAUCUUCCAGUGCGAACUCUGUCCCGCUACGUGCGGCCGAAAAACAGAUCUGCGCAUUCACGUACAGAAGUUGCACACCUCUGACAGACCGUUGAAGUGCAAGCGGUGUGGGAAAAGCUUUGCUGACAGGUACACAUACCGCGUCCAUGCCAAAAGCCACGAAGGCGAGAAAUGCUUCAAGUGCGAUCUCUGCAGUUAUGCGUCAAUAUCGCAGCGCCACCUCGAAUCACACAUGCUUAUACACUCUGAUCAGAAACCUUUCCAGUGUGACGAAUGCGAUCAGGCGUUUCGACAAAAACAACUUCUAAAACGCCACAAAAACCUUUACCACAACCCUAAUUAUGUUCCGCCAACGCCUAAAGAGAAGACCCACGAGUGUCCCGAAUGCAAUAAGGCAUUUCGGCAUAAGGGCAACCUUAUACGCCAUUUGGCCGUUCACGAUCCGGACGCCACCGCCCAGGAAAAGGAAGAAGCCAUGCGUAUUGGCCAGCCGAAAUUACCCGGAGAAAAGAAAGACGGCGAAGAGGAUGACUAUGACGAGCUCAUGGAUGAUCCGGAUGAGGAGUUCUCAGACGAAGACGAUGACGAUGAUGACGACGAAGAUGAGGUUAUGGAUGAAGUUGAAACCAACAAUGUUUUAGGAACUAAUGCCGAUGGAGUGGUUACGGUUAGUGGCCACCAGGUAGCUCAACAGGGUGGGCAGGGCACAGCGCAGGUUGGCCAGCCACAAGCGACGACGGGGCAAAACCAGGUGGUCGUACUUGAAGUGAUACAGGUACCACAAAACGCAGAUGGGACAGGUGGUGGACAGAUACAACAGCUACGGGCCGUUGACGCCAGGAGCACGUCGGGAGGACGGAUGCUACAGACAGCAGAUGGCAAUACUCUCAUUAUUCAGCAAAAUGGAGAUGGGACGACGACACAGCUACUUCCACAGGGAGAACUUCUACAAUUGGAAGAAGGUGCCGAUGACCUCCUGGGGAAGGCGUCCCAAGAAAUUAAAAAGAUGGCAGCCACUCACGACAGCGAUAAACAGAAGGACGUCGAAGAAUGUUUUGGUUUUGGCAAUGAUGCCGACGAAGAUGAGGCGAUCCUCUCGUUACCCGCAGGAGGUGCUGCAACCCGCGCCGAACUCCAACAACUACAGCAGCAAGUGCCACAGGGGGGACAGAUUAUCCAAGACUCCGGUGGACAACAAUACAUUAUUGUCCAGCCAUCUAGCCAAGGCAUGUAGAUCGCCCUUUUGAAGAACUCAAGCGAACCUGAUCUAACUAUUACCUCAACAUCCCUGCCACGAUUUGCCGACCCGACUGGACCAAAUAGAAAAAAAAAUUAGGAUACCUUCUAAUCAGAUGUUCUAACUACAGAAGCUUCUAUAUCAGUUAUUUGCCCCAAACAAAUUUUGCUCGUAAAAGUCAAGACUGAACGGAGGUGCUUGCUAUAGGCGCUAAAUGAUGCUGGGUUUCCUUCAAGAAGUUUCCAGUGGGUACCACCUCGCAGGACGCUACCACCGGACAUGAUGUUAACACAUAGGUUUUUGUCAACAUUUUAUUAUACCACCUGUAGCGCUGUUUUCUCUUACAGCAAGUAAUUUUUUUAGGUAAACAAGCGCCAUUUGUGGUGACUGGUACCAGCCAUCGACAAGGUGAAAAAGUUUCAGAUCAUGAUCGGAAGUCUUGGGAAAAGUAUUAAUCGCACAUCAGUUAUGUAUGAAGAAAGGGCCUAUCAAUGUCUGUAGUAUGAAAUUUGAAAAAUCACGAUGUAUUGUGAUGUAGUCGGUCAAUUGUGUAAAUUUGGAUUAUUUAUCGUUUUCCUUUUUUUGUUUAAUUAAGCAAUAAAAUAUCGUUAUAGAUAUCGUUACUAUUACUAUCAUUUUUUAGAAGUGCAUACUUAAGUUGCGGUAGAGCUUGCUCUAUAAUAUUUUGUGCAUAUGGAUAACGAACUGAUUUACACACUUACCUUUAAAUGCUGAUGAUCAAAAGAGAACCAAUAAACAUACAGACCGUCAUUUGUCAUCAGUUAAACGUAACCAAUUUUCAAAAAAUUCAGUACCUAUCUAUUCCGUAUAUAUUAUAGUGACGCCUAUACUCAUAUCUAUAUACGUAAGACACUGCCUGAAAGAUGUAAUAGCGUCGUCCCACACGGGCAAAGCGUACUUAAAGGCGCAGAUAAGAAAUGUAGACUCCGAUAAGGGUGAAUGGUAAUUCAUCGCCCAAAAAUCGAGUUUAAAUAUGAGUUAUGCGAUCAUUGAUGGACGAAAAAUAUGUGUACAGACAAUCGUGUAUAUAUCAUUUGACGGUCACGUCGAAUGUCUUAGUGAGUCUGAUAUGUCUGUCGAAGUACGAUGGGAAGAAAGUUCCUUCAGUGUGAAAGGUAGAAAGAGAAAAACGGGAAACCAUGGAUGUCACAGAUUGAUGAAUAGGCGUCAAUGGCUCGGACGUUUCGAAGUGUUGCAAAAUGUGCUUCGUGUGAUGUAGCUUAAGCGAUGAUGAGCAAAUAGUCUCUCAUAAAAAUAUCAUCUUCAUGAUCGAUGUCUGGGAACAUCUAAGCGAGUUAUGCGAAAACUAUGAUGAAACUAAUUGGAAUGGUUGAGCAAAUUUCGAGUCUGGGGCUGAUCAUAUUAACGAUCUUAGCCACAGUGGACGACAUUAACUCGAAGCGUUAGCUACGUAACCGACCGCAUGAGCAUCAAAUGGAAAGUGAAGGUUCAUUGUAAUUUGAAAAUACCUUGAGUUACUAUUACACUAUAUGAAAAACACAAAUUACCUGUGUGCUUAUUUGCUCGUAGAUUAUUCCGAAGACUGAUU